AAAAAAAUAAGAACAAAGAGACAAGACAACAACAUAACUUUAUAGUUAAAAAAAAUCAAAAAAUAAAGAAACAUGUCGUGGCAAACCUAUGUAGAUGAUCACUUGAUGUGUGACAUUGAAGGUACUGGUCGCCAUCUCUCUUCUGCAGCCAUCCUCGGGUUCGAUGGUAGUGUCUGGGCUCAGAGUCCCAAUUUCCCUAAGUUUAAAGCAGAGGAGAUCACUAACAUCAUGAAAGAUUUUGAUGAACCUGGACAUCUAGCUCCAACUGGUCUAUUCCUUGCCGGGAUAAAAUACAUGGUCAUCCAAGGAGAACCUGGUGCUGUUAUCCGUGGGAAAAAGGGUGCUGGUGGCAUAACUAUUAAGAAGACUGCCCAGGCACUGAUUUUUGGUGUCUAUGAGGAACCAGUGACUCCAGGACAGUGCAACAUGGUGGUUGAGAAAAUUGGUGAUUACCUUGUUGAUCAGGGAUAUUAAUUAGUCUCUAAUAAAAUUGAUUAUUGCAUAAUUGAAUUUUGUUGUAUUUUUGUGAUUGCAUAUGUAUUUUCUAGGGUCAAAUUGGCUCUGGAGUUUUUUUUUGUUUUUGGGAAAAUAAGAAGCAGCAUGAGACAUUUUCUCUUUUAGGGUUGCUAUAUAUAUUUCCCUUUUUUUUUGUUAUAAAGUUUACUUCAACAAUAUUGUGUAUUCAGCAUUUUGUAGACAUUUUAUUGCAAGUCUAAAAGCAAUUUUUUGUCUAA